CCACCCAACCAUACACGAGGGAGGAAAAGGAAAAGAUGGCCGCCAUCCUGCAGGAGAGGAAGGAGAAGAAGGAGGCCAAGAAGAAGGCCUUGAAGAAGAACAGGCGGCCAAAUUGAAGAAGAUGGAGGAAGAAAUGGCCAGGGAGAAGGAGAGGCUGAUAAAGGAAGAAGAGGAGAAGCUGAAGGAGGUGGAUGAAGAGGAGGAGGGAACACCACUGCAAAGGAGUGGGCAGCACAGCGGCCGCAGCAGCGAUGAGAUGGAGAAGAAGAUUUCGGAGUGGGUCGCCAACUUAUCCCUGGGUGAGGAGGAAGAGGUUGCUAUGUACAUCCCCAAGGAUGAGCAAGAAGCCGCCAUGAAGAAAUGGGAAGCAAAAGAAGAUGUUCUGACGCGGCAGGCGAUGGAGGACGAACAAAGGAUGGCGUGGAAGCUCGCAGUGAUGAGGGAGAAGAAGAGAAGAGCCAAGAUGACACCUAAGCUUACUAGGUGGGCCGCAGAGAUAGAUCAGUACGACUUUGAGCUCAAGCCUGUCAAAGGGAAGUGCAACGUAGUUGCGGAUGCUCUGAGUAGGAGAGCUGAUUAUUUUGGGGCAAUAGUACAUUACCUCGAUAUAGGAAAGGAUCUGCAGCAGCAGGUUAGAGAAGCCUACGCGCAGGACCCUAUCUAUGGUGAGCUCCUUAAGAAAGUCAAGGAGGCCCCAGAGACCGAGCCGAACUACCGCACUACUGAAGGGUUACCCUUCGAGAAGACUAAUGUCUUUGACCGGCUGUGCAUCCCCAAUAGCGAAGAGAUCCGUAGUCUGAUUCUGGGGGAAUGUCACGACACAGAGGGUCAUUUCGGUUGGCAAAAGACUUUGGCCAAUCUGAUGCGCGCGUAUACCUGGCCAGGGAUGAAGAAUGACUGCGUAGAGUAUGUUCGCAGUUGUAAGGUCUGCCAGCGUAACAAGAGUUCUACGCGAGCCCCGCUAGGUCUUCUCAGACCCUUGCCCAUUCCGGAUCAGCCGGGAGACUCAGUGUCAAUAGAUUUCAUGGACACUCAAGUCAAGAGCAGGCAUGACAAGAGCUAAGUUAUGGUCAUAGUUGACCGCUUUAGCAAGUAUGCAGUUUUUGUUCCUUUGCCUUCUGAGGCGCGUACUGAUUUAGUCAUACAGAGGUUCUUUGACUGUUGGGUUAGUGAGAAUGGAAUCCCGCUGUCUAUAGUUAGCGAUAGAGAUGGUCGCUUUACUAGCCAGAAUUGGCAAAAACUCAUGGGAGUAUACGGAUCUAAGUUGUUGAUGUCGUCCGACCGCCAUCCAGAGACUAACGGUCAGACAGAGCAAAUGAACAAGAUCCUGCAGC